GGCAGCGGUAGAGGCAGCACACAUCUCUGGCCACUUACCUGAGCCCGAGCCUGAGAUGACAGCAGUAGAGGCAGCAGAACCCACAAGCCCCUCUGUGCAGAUCACACCACCAUCUGCAGAGAGCAAGAGGAAAUAUGAUAGAGAUUUCCUCUUGAGUUUACAGUUCAUGCCUCAAUGUCUGCAGAAGCCAGAGGGUCUUCCAAAUUAUCCUAUUAUUUUGGACAAGGUCAGUCAUUCUUACAGAGUAAUGCUCCAACAUAUCAAAUAUUUCCUUGAAAAUGUUUCAUUUAAAGUGGGAGACCUAAUAGGUAUCUGCUUCAUUGAUUGACUGCUUUACAGGCGAAUGAAUGUCAACUGCCCAUGUGUCCAGUGGAUUGGCCAACAAAGUCCAGAGGCCAAAAAUCUGGCUGUAAGAAAAGGCGUCAAGCACCUGGAUGCAAAAGAAUCAGUGUGCAGCUGGACUGUGAUGUGGAGCUAAAUAGAUCUGCAAAUGCUUGGAAGCCUGGUCUGAAGUUGGCCGUUGAGGAUCCAGAGGCCCAGAAAACUGAGGAACUCCUGCGUAAGUUCCGGAGCCUCCUCAACAAAAUGACUCCAGAAAAAUUUGACCAGCUGAUGAUGAAGCUGACUGACCUCCAUCCAUCCAUCGACACAGAGGAGCGACUGACGAGUGUCACAGAGCUGGUGUUUGAAAAAUCCAUCAGUGAACCAAGCUUUUCUGGCACAUACGCCAGUAUGUGUCUCUCUCUGGCCCCGUGGAAAACACAAAUGACUGGUCAACCAAAGAUGAAGGUCAGUUUCAAGGCCCUGCUGGUUCGUUAUUGUUGGAAGGAGUUUUUGUAUAAUGACAAGCCCUUGGCCCUGAAACAAAAAGAAAUAGAGGCAGCUUCAUCAGCUGGUGAACAGGAAAGUCUGAAGGAAGAGUUAAAAGAGGCAAAGAACAAGGCCCACAGACGCUCAAUGGGAACCAUCUGCUUCAUGGGUGAGCUGUUUAAACAAGGGAUGCUUACAGAGGACAAUAUGCAUGAGUGCAUAUUGAAGUUGGUCAAACAGCAUGACGAGGGGUCACUUGAACAACUCUGUAAGCUGCUCAGUUCUGUGGGCCAAGACCUGGAUGCUGAAAAAGCAAAGUCAAAAAUGGAUGGAUACUUCAGCCAGUUGGAGCAAAUGGUCGUGGAGCGUAAAACAACAUCACGCAUACGCUUCAUGAUCCAUGACAUUAUUGACCUGCGACUGAACAACUGGGUGUCUCAGAGAAGUGCUCUGGGUCCCAGGACUGUUCAGCAGGUCCAUGAGGAGGUCAAAAAGGAAGAGCAUGUGGAAAAGAAGGCCCUUCAUAGGAUGAGAAAAGUGGUGCAGAGAGAGGAGUCCUGGAGCUCUGUGUAUUCGUUGGACAACAACAGGACCACAGUGGUCAAUGAUGUUCCCAGGACUUCCAAGAUUGCUACUUUUUUGAGCUCAGAGGCAGAAGGCCUCUCUCCUGAACCCUCAUCACUGAAACCAGAGAACUCAGAGGAGCUCUCCGAACAAGAAACAGAGGAGCCUUCCACACCAGCAACAGAGGAGCCCUCCAUACCACAACCAAAAGAGCCCUCCACACCACAGCCAGAGGUGCCCUCCACACCACAACCAGAGGAGCCCUCCACAUCACAACCAGAAGAGCCCUCCACACCACAGUCAGAGGUGCCCUCCACACCACAACCAGAGGAGCCCUCCACACCACAACCAGAGGAGCCCUCCACACAAGAACUAGAGGAGCUCUCCACACCACAAUCAGAGGAGCCCUCCGCACAACAACCAGAAGAGCCCUCCGCACCACAAUCAGAGAAGCCCUCCAUACCAGCACUAGAGGAGCCCUCCGCACCAGAACCAGAGGACCCCUCCAUACCAGCACCAGAGGAGCCCAUCAAACAAACACUAGAGGAGCCCUCUGUACCAGUACUAGAAGAGCCCUCUGUACUACAACCAGAGGAGCCCUCUGUACCACAAACAGAGGAGCCCUCCACACAAGAACUAGAGGAGCCCUCCGCACCACAACCAGAGGAGCCCUCCAUACCAGCACCAGAGGAGCUCUCUGCAUCAGAACCAGGGGAGCCCUCCACACAAGAACUAGAGAAGCCCUCUGUAUCAGCAGUAGAAGAGCCCUCCAUACUACAACCAGAGGAGCUCUCUGGACCACAACCAGAGGAGCCCUCCACACAAGAACUAGAGGAGCCAACUGUACCAGCACUAGAAGAUCCCUCUGUACUACAACCAGAGGAGUCCUCUGUACCACAAACAGAGGAGCGCUCUGUACCACAAACAGAGGAGCCCUCUGUACCACAAACAGAGGAGUCCUCCACACAAGAACUAGAGCAGCCCUCCAUACCAGUACCAGAUUGUUCCUCCAUACCACAACCAGAGGAGCCCUCUACACAAGAACUAGAGGAGCCCUCUGUACCACAACCAGAGGAUCCCUCCGCACCACAACCAGAGGAGCCCUCCAUACCAGAACCAGAGGAGCCCUCCGCACCACAACCAGAGGGGCCCUCCACACAAGAACUAGAGAAGCCCUCUGUAUUAGCACUAGAAGAGCCCUCUGUACUACAACCAGAGGAGCUCUCUGUACCACAACCAGAGGAGCCCUUCACACAAGAACUAGAGGAGCCCUCCAUACCAGCACUAGAAGAUCCCUCUGUACUACAACCAGAGGAGCCCUCUGUACCACAAACAGAAGAGCCCUCCACACAAGAACUAGAGCACCCCUCCACAACACAACCAGAGGAGCCCUCCACACAAGAACUAGGGAAGCCCUCCAUACCAGUACCAGAUUGUCCCUCCAUACCACAACCAGAGGAGCCCUCUACACAAGAACUAGAGGAGCCCUCUGUACCACAACCAGAGGAUCCCUCCGCACCACAACCAGAGGAGCCCUCCAUACCAGAACCAGAGGAGCCCUCCGCACCACAACCAGAGGGGCCCUCCACACAAGAACUAGAGAAGCCCUCUGUAUUAGCACUAGAAGAGCCCUCUGUACUACAACCAGAGGAGCUCUCUGUACCACAACCAGAGGAGCCCUCCACACAAGAACUAGAGGAGCCCUCCAUACCAGCACUAGAAGAUCCCUCUGUACUACAAACAGAGGAGCCCUCUGUACCACAAACAGAGGAGCCCUCCACACAAGAACUAGAGCAGCCCUCCACAACACAACCAGAGGAGUCCUCCACACAAGAACUAGGGAAGCCCUCCAUACCACAACCAGAGGAUCCCUCCACACCACAACCAGAGGAGCCCUCUAUACCAGAACCAGAGGAGCCCUCCGCACCACAACCAGAGGAGCCCUCCAUACCAGCACCAGAGGAGCCCACCGCACCAGAACCAGAGAAGCCCUCGGCACCAGAACCAGAGGAGUCCUCUGUACUAGCACCAGAGGAGCCCUAUGUACCAGCACCAAAGGAGCCCUUAACAGCUCAGUCAAAUGAGCCCUGCACACCAGAACUAGAGGGCUCAGAAGAACGGGUAGAACAACCAUCAAUACCCUUAUCUGAGCCCUCAACAAAAGCACCAGAGGUCUCAGAGCUUGCUAAGAGUUUUUCCACAUCAUCCACCCAGACUGAAGGAAACUAUGAGGAAGAAGAAAAUGGGAGGAGCUGUAACUGUAGGAAUAGGAAGUGGAAUUGUGUAAUAGACCAGCUUACAGUGGGGGUGGUGAUAAUCAAAGCCAUUUCCUUUAUUUUAAAGGCAAUAUUUUUUUAG